AUGACGACCGCGGGAAUAUCCGAGGACACCGGCGUUGCAUCUGCCUAUGACGAGGAAUUUGAAAGUAUGGAGGCAAAGUUGGAGGAGACAAAGAAGAAGCUCUCAGACGCCAAUAUCAGCAAGGAGCAUAUAGAACAGCUAGAGAAUGAGGUUGCUAAGCUCAAGAAAGAGGUUGGCGCCGCUCGUGAGAAGUUGGAUGGCAUCGAGGCACGCGUUUCUAACGCCACUCAAGCUGUAGACUUUGCUGAAGAAGAUCUCAAGCAACUACAGGCAGAUGCAGUUCGUCUUACAGAAGCCGCAGACGAUUUGCGUGACAGGACUAUAAGAUCAAAGAGGCUGAUGUACAGCGUCCCGGGUCGUCGUGCGGUUUUUGUGGUGGUCAAUCGUGUUUGGAGGGAGCAGUUAGUAAAGCAGAUCAAGCAAGGAGCUGUUCUUCUCUUGAAGCGUGAUCUGAAACUUCAACGAGAAGCCACACAAAAGAGGCAGAAGAGGAGUUCACCUGAGCAGAUUAGAGCUUUAGCAGAAGAAGUGCUCGCGAAGAAAAUCAGUCUCACUCCUGAGCAGAUAGCUGAUUUGACUGCAAAGACAGAUAUCGAGGAAGCUAAGCGACUUUUAUCGGAAAGGACGCAGGGCAAUGAAGCUCCUCAGAAACGAGCGGAAGCUCUGCGACAAAGGGCUUCGAAGCUUCUCUAUAAGGCGCAGCGAAGUAGUGAUGAUAUCAGCGUGUUGACGAAGGAUGCUUCUGAUGUGCGGCUCGACGACUACCAACGAACGUUGGAUGAGUUGAAUUCCCGCUUAGAACAGGUCACCAAAGACAUACAUGCUAGUACAGAAUUCUUCGCUAGUUGCGAUGUUUAA